GGUGACGCGGCGCCCCAGUGAGCGGGAGGAGGAGGAGGAGGAGGAGGUAGAAAAUGGCGGAGUAUCUGGCGUCCAUCUUCGGCACCGAGAAGGAUAAGGUUAACUGUUCGUUCUAUUUCAAAAUUGGAGCGUGUCGUCAUGGGGACAGAUGUUCUCGUUUGCAUAACAAGCCGACUUUCAGCCAGACCAUCUUGAUUCAAAACAUCUACCGUAACCCCCAAAAUAGUGCGCAGACGGCUGACGGCUCACACUGUGCCGUUGGAGAUGUUGAAAUGCAGGAACAUUAUGAUGAGUUCUUUGAGGAGGUUUUUACGGAAAUGGAGGAAAAAUAUGGUGAAAUUGAAGAGAUGAAUGUCUGUGACAACCUGGGAGAUCAUCUGGUUGGAAAUGUCUAUGUAAAGUUCCGCCACGAAGAAGAUGCGGAAAAGGCCGUGAACGACCUGAACAAUCGCUGGUUCAAUGGGCAGCCGAUCCACGCUGAGCUCUCGCCUGUGACCGACUUCCGAGAGGCCUGCUGCCGACAGUAUGAGAUGGGAGAGUGCACCCGCGGUGGGUUUUGCAACUUCAUGCAUCUGAAGCCGAUUUCACGGGAAUUGCGUCGUGAGCUGUAUGGGCGACGUCGUAAGAGCCAGCAGCAGGGUAGCCGCGUGACUUCGUCCGGUGACAAAAGGCUGUUAACCAUCGCUCCAAAGCACUUAGUGGCUGCCAUCAGACACAGGUCCAGGUCGAGAUCCCGUGAGCGCAAGCGAUCCAGGUCGAGGGAGCGUGGAGAACGCGGAGAACGCGGAGGAAGAGGCGGGCGGGGCGACCGAGACCGCGAUCGGAGGCGAUCCAAGGAUCGGGAACGAUCUGGGAGAUUCUGAGCGAGACCCGAUUCUCCCUAAUGACUAGGACCACCGCAAGUACAGAGUGUGGCGGGAAUUGUAAUACUUUUUAUGUUCCAAGUUCUGAAUAAAACUUUUUUUGUUUC